AUGAAAUAUUAACAAAAAUAUGAAGUAUACAGAAUGAAGUAAAAGCUUCAAAUUUAGUUUUUUAAACCCACAAAAAUCUCUGCUAAUCCAAUCCCUUUUGAUUUAGACCUACUUCUCAUAAUUCUGUAUUUUCAUAUCAUAUAAUCGUUAAAAGAUAAUUUGAAAAUGAUAAUUAUCUUUUUUCCGACUUUCAAGACAAAUAAAGAACAACCUUUACUCCACGAAAUUUAAAAUAAUUUAUCUAUAUAGUUUUUAAAACCAGAGGUGCUAUAAAUAUAUCCCAGGAAAUAAGUUUUUAAAUCGAGCGUUACAAAUUAGAUAAAUUAUUUAAAAUUUUAUAGGAAAUUUGUUUUUUAAAUAUUUUUAAAUCGCUCAUUCAGUCCUAUAUUUUUAAAACCAAUCCCGCUGCAUGUAUCCCGUAUUCCCCCUCUAAAAUCGUGA